CAUUCAUCCCGGCGAGAGCUGCAGCUUGGAUCUGUCAGACAUCCAUACCUCUGUCCCCCCAGCUGGAGCCCGUCUACCCCGCCUCCAUACAGCCGGGUGCUGUACCUUGCAGGUCGGACGUAGCGUUUCUGAUCAGCGGACUUGACAACUUUUCCAUCUUCUUUCAGGCAUCCUUCUCUUCGUGACCAGAGUCUCACAGGGAGGCUGCUUUGCUCUGCUCUGCUCAGCGGGCUGAGACACUGCGAGAUGGAUGGCUGACCUUGGAGCUCUCUGAUUGGUUCGCUGAUCUUCACUGGCUGCAGUUGCUGUCAUGGCCAAAAGCCCGGAGGUGAAGCUGGCCGUCUUUGGCAGAGCCGGGGUGGGCAAGUCAGCGUUGGUGGUGAGAUUCCUGACCAGACGCUUCAUCUGGGAGUACGACCCAACACUGGAAUCAACAUAUCGUCAUCAAGCCAACAUUGAUGAUGAGGUUGUCGCCAUGGAGAUCCUGGACACUGCCGGGCAGGAGGACACCCAGCAGAAGGAGAGCCACAUGCGUUGGGGUGACGGAUUUUUCAUUGUGUAUGACAUCACUGAUCGCGGAAGCUUUGAGGAGGUGGCUCCGCUCCGAAGUCUCCUAGAGGAGGUGAAGAGGCCCAAAAACGUGCCUCUGGUCCUGGUGGGCAACAAGUCGGACCUGGAUCACGUCCGGCAGGUGGGCACAGAGGAGGGCGAGCGGCUGGCUGCUGAAAUGGCGUGCGCCUUCUACGAAUGUUCAGCGUGUGCCAACGAGGGGGGCACCGUGGCCGAGGCGUUCCAUGAGCUGUGUCGCGAGGUGAGGCGCCGCAAGGCUGUGCAGGGCAAGGCCCGACGCCGCAGCUCCACCACGCACGUCAAACAGGCCAUCAACAAGAUGCUGACCAAGAUCAGCAGCUAAGGAAGAGUGAUGACGAUAGAAAUGUACAUUUAUCUCCUGUAAAUGUAUCUAAAAAUGCUUGGUUCUGGAAUGGACAAAUGUGAUUUAAAGUGGAAUGUGUUCUCUUCUCUGAUCCUUUUUCAUCUAAAAGUGCUUUAUCUCUCCCCACUGGAAGAGAUAAAGCACUUACUCUGAUAAAGUAUGAUGGAUGUUUCAUAAGGAGCCAUUAUUAUCGUGAGGUUCUCAAUUUUUCUGAAAGCGAUGCAUGAGAGAUGUCUUUUCUGGUAUGCAAAGGACCCAAGGAUUUAUUGAUAUUGAAGGACAGGAUUUGUGGUUUCCUCUCUGAUUCUUGUCUGUAGGGGGAUAUUGUGAUGUGCGCAGCCCCUGUGUGUAACCGUUCUGUAAGCAGUGCAUCAAAGCAAAAUAAAAUGGUAGAACUACUAUAAAAGUAGAUUUACUGCCUUCUACCAACCCUCGACAAUCCCAGGACGUGUCAAUGUCCUUUAAACAGAACUUGUAACAAAGCCCCAUCAGUUCUGUUGACUCUGUUCAUCCCUACAUGUGUACUCAGAGGUUUUCCUGAAGGAACCAAAGCACAGGUCCAAAACACGUCAGGGUUUUCUAAGUGAAGCUGUCAUGUCCAUCCAAACAAGUCACAUUCCAGGGCUGCUCUCCAUGCUUGUACAUGUAAUACUGUAGACUACAGUCUGUAUAAAUGAUAUAUUGCCUUACGCAACGCUGUGUCCUACAGAGCCCGUCUACAGGAAGCUACUGUAACUGUUUAGAUGUAACGUUUUUCUUCUUCAUGUCAGUGACCUGUAUGAUCAAACAACCAGUUCUGCACUUGUAAUUAAAAACUGAGAUAUAACUCCCA